AUGGCUUUCAGAGUAACCCAAGUUCACUGGGAAUUGAUUGUCAAUUUUAUGGAAAAAUAUCCAGGAGUAGCCAAGGGCAGAAUAGAUGGUCCUGUUGUGCACGUCAUGUCGCCUCCACAUGCCAUAGGAUCAACUCUUCUCGAACAGAGGAAUGAGGAGGCAGACACAAUAAUUUCUGAUAAAAAAGAUGCAAUUAUUUUGCCCUCCACCUCCAAUUCGGAUAUUAAUCAAGAAAAAAAAACGGAAAGAAUUGAGACUGAUAGAAAUAACAAUGCUAGUAGCAGUGGAAGUUCUACCAAGCCUCCUGCUGAACCUUGUAAAGAAAGAAAUAAAACUGAUAGAGAGAACAAGGCUAGUAGCAGCGGAAGUUCUACCAAGCCUCCCUCUGAUAGAAAAGAGGACACUAAUAAUUGGUCAGACCAGGAGACCAAGCUUCUGAUAUGCCUCUACACAGAGCAUAAACAUAAAUUUUUAUCUCCAAUGUACAACAAAAAGAAUGUAUGGAACAUCAUUAGUGAGAGAUUGAAAGAGUUGGGAACAAAUAAAUCUGCAUUGAAAUGUGAUGAAAAAUGGAGGAAUAUGAAAAAAACUUAUGAUAAGACAUGGCAGGAUAUGAAAAGUAAUGUUAAGAAGAAGGUAGCUGAGACUCGCAGGUAUGAAAGGGGUACAGGAGGAGGUCCUCCAUUACCAGAAGUUGAUAAAGAGUAUGACAGAAUGAAAGAAAUCUUAGAUCCUGUGGCAAUAGAAGGUGACAGUAAUAUAUUAGAGUCCAUGGUAAUUGAAAUUUUUAACGAACCUGACACAGUAAAUGCAGCUGAAGAUAACCGAGAAGAAAACACAGUACAUGAAGUGGAAGAUGAAUUGAUACUGGAAGAACACCGUAAUCCAUCAUCUGUAAUGAAGCCGGAGUCAAUGAAGCCCUAUGUACACAUUAAAAGUUUCUAA